CCCACAAGGAAGCGGGUAACGAGGGUAAACAAGGUCGAGUCCAAUGUUUUGACAGCAGAAUGGAGAGCUAUGAAGACUUCAUACGGACCCGGCUGUCGCGACUGCUUGGGAAGGGUAGCGAACAGGGACGGGAGCCGCCGUGCCGCGGUUCGUCUGUCAUUUGUUUCCACGGCGUGCCCAUCCUGCCUCCGCUGCUGACGGCGGAGAGUCGAGAGGAGAUGCUAAAACACAGAACCGACGCACAGGGGGUAGUUGAUCGAAGGAAUACGUCUGAGAUGGGCCGAAGGAUGCUGCACCUUCGGGAACUUCUUGACAGCGUUCAGCUGAGGAGAGCCCCGACGCUCCGGGAGUUCCUGGGGGACGGAGCGCUGGCACGGGCCUGCGAGGGGGCGGAGUCCCAGAGGGGUUGCCACGGCGACCCCUCUCCGUCCCGCCCGCUGACCUCCACCGCCCGGGGAGAUGCCCCAGGGGCCCCCGGCCUGGCAGCGGAGGGCGAUGUCAGCCUCUGGGGCGGGUGGGGCGGGCGGGGGGAGCGGGGGGAGCGGGGGGGGGCCCCUCGGGGAGCCUCCGAGUUCCUCCCCGCCGCGGAGACGCACGGCGACUUCAGCCACCGGUCGGCGUCGUCCGGGUACGCCACUCACGACAACACAGAGGUCGCGGAGGGUCACGCAGAGGUCGCGGGGGGUCACGCAGAGGUCACGGAGGGUCACGCAGAGGUCGCGGAGGGUCACGCAGAGGUCGCGGGGGGUCACGCAGAGGUCAAGAAAGAUCACGCAGAGGUCGUGGGGGGUCACGCAGAGGUCGAGGACAGUUAUGCAGGGGUCGCCGUGGGCACGGGUCAGAACACGGGUCAGAGCGCGGGGGGUCUCAGCAGGGCGGGUCUCAGCGGGGCGGGUCUCGGCGGGGUUGGGGGCCCGUCCCGCCUCAGCCUGCAGACCCUGCUGGAGCGCUCGCAGGAGUGCCGGCAGCGGCAGAGACAGCUCCGCAGCGCCAGGGCCCACAGCCGCUCCGACAAGGAGAACCAGCCCGGGCCGGGCCCGCUCCAGCGGGACAGGAGGGAGAGGCGGACCGGCCUGGGGAGGGCCGCGGGGGGCCCCGUCAGAACCAGGGGUCAGGGCCCGGCCCGGCCCAGGGGCCUGGAGCUGGGGGGAAGGAGCAGCAGUGAGGAGGGAGGGUCCCUCUGGGCGGUCCCGGCUGCACACGGGGUCCAGCGGAGGGAACUGGAGGGCCCUUCAGACGAACCCCCUCAGGUCGAGACCCCGCCCGCUGUCCCGGAAGCCACACCUUCUGUCACGAAAGCCCCGCCCCACAACCGGGCAGCCCCGCCCACGGACACAAAAGCCACGCCCACCGGCAGGAAGACCCCGCCCCCCACCCUGGAAAUCCCGCCCCCCGGCCUGUCGGACAGGUUCGGGUUCGUCCCCAGCCCCCAGUUCUGCACCAGCCCGAUUCACUGCAGAAAGACGGGCCGGCCGCCCCCACGGAAGCUUCCGGUGAACACGGCGCUCAGCGCCGGCGGCGGCCACAGGGGGCGCCAGAGUGGCGCCACGCUCACCGACGCCCCGCCCAAGGAGGAGGAGGAGGCCCCCGCAUCCCAGCGUGCCGUGCGGGCAGAGCGGGCGUCGCAGCCCCGCCCCGUCCCCUCCCUGGCCCAGCGGCGCCGUGUCCCGGACCUGUUCCGGAAGGUUCCGGGGGCUGCGGGUUUGCAGCAGGCCCCCGUCCUUCCUGAGGGCGGUAACCAGGACGACCCCUCGGCCAAACGGUCGUACGAUGUGGAGACGCCGUCCGCUCUCUGGCCCCAGGGACAGGGACAGGGGCAGGGACACGGGCAGGGGCAAGGGCAGGACUCCCGGGCCAAGCGCAGACUCCUGAUGAACACCACGAGCCAGUGGGGCCACAGGCCUCAGUCCAGCACCCCGAAAGGCUGGGUCUCCGUGCUGUGCAGUCAGCAGGCUCACACACACACAGGACCGCUGCAGGCCCUGCAACACAAGCAAGAGCUACAGCUGCAGGAGGUGCUGCAGAGACUGUCUCUGCAGGGCGUGUCAGUGUUAGGCCCCUCCCCCAGCUCAGGAGUGAGGUGUGUGGUUACCCGCUCUCCCCUGGAGCCCCUCCCCCUGGAGCAGCCCUCGGAGCCCCGCCCCCUCUUACAGCCCUGCAGCAGCCGCUGCGCCCCCCCAGCCUGGCGCCCCCUGGUGGCUGCAGCCGUGAGGGGCUUCCUGACCCGGCGGCUGCUCCGCACCGAGAGACUCGCACAGCUGCAGCGCACCGUCAAGGACUCUCAGCAGGUCCUCCAGGCCCUGCAGGCCCAGACUCCAGGCAGGGGGACCCUGGGGGGCAGACAGGACCUGCUGCUGCUGGAGAGGGUCCUACUGCAGCUCCGUUCGGCUCGGUAUGAAAUCCACGAUGUCUUCUUCUGUUUGAGCCCCACUGAGCGCGUGCAGAUCAUCUCCUGGGACCGGCAGCUGCUCCACGAGAGAGCGCUGAAGCGCGAGGAAGGCGGAACUCAGAGCCGGGGGCGGAGUCUGUCUGCAGCCACAGUGAAGACUCUGGAGAGGAGGAAGAGUGUGGGGUCCCACAGGAGGGCAGCGGAGAGGCAGCGGGGGCCUGUGGGCGGAGCCUGUGGGGGCCAGGCCCGUCGGCACAGUGAGCCCAGACCCACCCUGUCCAGCCGGAAUCGAUAAGCUCCACCCACUCGCACGCCUCCGGCCUGACCUUUGACCCCUGGCCAGCACACCGCCGGCCAAUCGCUGCGGGAGACGUUGCACAGUCCGGCUGCACCGCUGGACACUCGACGGAGCUACGCAACACCGUGGGCCCGUGACCUUUAACCCUUGACCUCUACACCUCCAGCCAAUCGCUGCAGAUCCCAGCGUGGUUGGGCCAAACCACUGGACGAUUGGACACUUGGAUACACCAGUCAACACACCAGACAUCACUGUGAUUGGACACUUGGAUACACCAGUCCUGGGUCAAAGAUCAAGUGCAUGUUUGAAAUGAUUUAACCCUUUAGAUGCUGGUAACAUUUUUAAAACUGCUGAAGAUUCCUUAGCGUUUUCAAAACAUUUUACCAAUAAAAUAUAAAGCAUGUAGUCGCUUGGAAGAAAGAGAGAACUUUGAUCUGGUGAAAAUGUUUUCCAACUAGUAAGGCCAGAAGGUGUCCACCAAUCAGCACUCGUGUUGUUCUGACUAACAUACAACGGCUCCACCAAUCACAGAGUAUUAUCUCUUUGGUCAUGUACUGUGUUCAUUCUGCAUUCAGAGCCAAAGAUCGGCCUGACAAUCAGCCUCUAUCUCAUCGUGCCCUGCUCUACCAGGGCUUGAGACCGUGGCUACAUUCCAAACCACAUACUAGCAUUCUACUCCUACUUCUAUUGAAAUUAAAAUGAGCCUGAAAUGUAGUAUGAUCAGUAUGCGAGUAUGCGGUUUCAAACACUUUUCUACUUUUUUUUUUACAGGAUUGGUUUGUUAUGUAUUUAGCGGAAUAUAAUUUGUUUUACAAUUUUAUGUAUUGAUAUUCUGUAGUUUGAUAAAUAUCUGUAGUGUAUUUUUCCAAGUUAAUUUAUCACCAUGUUUCUCCUUCCAAACAUUUAAAAAAAUAUAUUUUUAUAUUUAUUUGUAAAGAAUUUCCUAAUAAAUGUUUUUUACCCCCCUUU